AUGACCAAACGUUCCAUCUUCGUGGCUACUCACCCCCGAGCAUGCUCUACGGCCUUUGAAAGAGUAAAAACUGUCUUCUUUCCUUGUCUCCCUGAAAACACUGCUUAUCGGUUCCUCCAGGUCUUCAUGACUCGCCAUGAUACUUUAAAGUGCAUUCACGAACCACUCGGUGAUGCCUUUUACUAUGGCCCCGAAAGACUGAGUCGAAGAUAUGAUAAUGACGAGGAAGCCAGGAUCCAAACCGGCUUCCAUCAGUCAACUUAUAAGACUAUCUUCGACCGAUUUGAUAGAGAAGCAUCAGAGGGAAAACGACUCUUUAUCAAGGAUAUGGCAUACUACAUCAUGCCACCGGAUGGACAGCCAGCAACGAGAGUAGCUUCACUUCAGAUACCCAAACGUGGAAUUGGCACGAACAUUCAUAGCAACGGCACCACUUCUAACGGUGUGGCACCAAAUGGAACCGGCGUUCUGCUCUCUGAUAUGCCACACCGUUCAAACGGGAAUCUCUCGACACAGGGAUCCAGUUCAGAGUCCGAUAACCCCACUGUUAUCCCUCAGGAGUUUCUCUCAAAAUUCCAUUUCGCCUUCUUAAUUCGUGAUCCACAUUAUAGUAUUCCGUCGUACUAUCGCUGCACUAUCCCACCGUUGGAUGAUAUCACGGGCUUCUACGAGUUUUACGAAAACGAAUCCGGAUAUGACGAAUUGCGCCGGUUCUUUGACUAUCUCCGUAAAGUCCAGUUUGUCGGUCCAUCCCAUGCUUCCACGGUCCAUACCGGGACCGCAAAUGGAGCAAACGGGGCCAGCAACGGGGUUCACACAACCAAUGAUCCAGAGAAAGUCGAAAUAUGCGUGAUUGAUGCAGAUGAUCUCCUAGAUAAUCCAGCUGCAGUGAUUGAACGGUUUUGCAAAAGUGUAGGCGAGGAAUACACUCCCGAUAUGCUCCAGUGGCCUACAGAGAAAGAUCAACAAGUUGCCCAUGAUGCUUUUGCCAAAUGGCAUGGUUUCCAUGAUGAUGCACUCGGUUCCAAGAGUCUUCGCCCAAGAGCCCACAAGAAAGCAGCCAAAACUGAAGCCGAAUUUGACGCUGAGUGGAAGGAGAAGUAUGGCGAGAAAGGAGCAGGGAUUAUUCGCUCUGCAGUGGAUCGAAACAUGGCGGAUUACCGAUACUUGAAAAAAUUUGCUAUGAAGAUCUAG